AUGGCGCCCCUCGAAAAUGGCCACGCCAAUGGCUUGAAUGGAGAUGCACUGCCUCCAACAAGCUCAAUGGCCUCUCUGCGAUUCUCCGAUAUCCCUGACGCCAUCGACAUUCCCGCCUCCAGCUUCGAUAGCGAGGUCGAAGUCAGCCUCCUCGACCUUCCCGAAGACCCGACUGAGCUUUGCACACUGUUAGAGAAUGAGAGAGCUGCUAAAAACUUCUGGGUUAUCAUCGCCCUGGCCUACGCCAAGCGAAAGCAGAUCGACCAUGCCAUCGACAUCCUGAACAAGGGCUUGGCCUCCGUGGCCCAUGGCGCCACCAAAGAGAAACUUGGACUUCUGGGCUGGGUUUGCUGGCUGCUGAUGCUGAAGAGUCGCCAGGCUCCUCGAGUCGCGCCUGAAGGUGAACUUUACUCUGAGGCCAAGACCAAGGACCACUACCUGCAACUCGCAACUUCGACCUUGAAUGAGGCCUCGCGUCUAAACCCGGCAUACCCGCCUUUGUUCCUAGCGCGUGGUGUCCUAUGCCUCCUUCGUGCGUCUUUAUAUCCGCCUCGUGCUGCUCGCCCAGGCGCUGUCGAUACUUCGGAGAGAGCGGAGGCGCUGCGGCAGGCAUUGAAGUGUUUCGAUGAAUCUUCCAAGGCAUUUGGUGGCCGCAACAUCAUGGCUAUUCUGGGCCGCGCUCGUGCACACUACAUGCUGGGAAGAUAUGCAGAGGCUCUUGAUGGCUACCAGAAGGUCCUCAUGAAAGUGCCUCACCUCACAGACCCCGAUCCUCGAAUUGGUCUUGGCUGCUGCUUGUGGCAGCUGGGCUUCAAGGACCAAGCCAAGGCGGCGUGGGAACGAUCACUCGCCCUUAACCCCGAGUCCAAGGUCGCCAACAUCCUCCUCGCCGUGUACUACCUAUACGACAGCUCCCGUCGACCCACCGCCGAUCCCAUGUUCGGCUCCCUGUACAAGGUGGCCAUGACCCAGUAUACACAGAAGGCGUUCAAGCUGGACAAAGAAUACCCUAUGACCUGCGCCUUAUUUGCCAGCUACUUCCUCCUGCGCAAGCAAUACCCGACCGUUGAGACUCUUGCUCGCAAGGCUAUCGAACAUACAGAUGUCAUGCCCAUUGCCAGUGACGGCUGGUAUCUACUUGGCCGCAAGGCUCACUAUGAAGGCGACGCCGCAAAGGCGACAGAAUUCUAUAGCCGCUCCGACCAAGCCCGUGGUGGUGGUGACAAGGGCUACCUGCCCGCCAAAUUCGGUGCUGUCCAGAUGCAGGUGACGAACAAGGACUUUGACGGCGCCAAGUUCCGCUUGGAGAAGAUUGUACAGCAGUCCAAGAACCCAGAAGCCAUGAUUCUGUUGGCAGCGCUGUAUGCGGAGGAGAUCUUUGCUUUCCAGAGGUCUGGCAGCAAGGAAGACAAGUCGACCGAGGUGAAGCGCGCAAUCGGCCUUUUGGAGUCUGUUCGUUCGAUGUGGAAGGACGAGAAGCAGAAACUGACACCAGACGAGUCUGUUCUGGUGUAUCUUUCUCGUCUCUACGAAAGCAGUGCCCCGGAUAAGAGCAUGCAGUGCCUGACCCAGCUGGAAGAGCUCCAAAUUGCUGGUAUCCCCGAGAGCGCGCGUCCGGACGAUAUUGCGAACGAGGAUGACAUGAAGGCUGUACUCCGCGAGAGCCUCCCGCCGCAACUCCUCAACAACAUGGGCUGCUUCCUCUACCAGAACGAGAAGAUUGCCUCUGCUCGUGGCAUGUUCCAGUCUGCGCUGAAUGCCUGCGUCCAGUCCCAAGAGAGAGAGGAUGGCACUGACAACGACGCCCUUGUCACUACCAUCAGCUACAACUUGGGGCGCACUUAUGAAGCAGCGGACAUGUGGGACGAGGCUAAGAAGGUCUACGAGGGACUUUUGGAACGCCACAGCGACUACACCGAAGCCAAUGCACGGUUGACCUAUAUUGCCCUGCGCCAAAGUCCCACGGACGAGGGCCCGAAGAAAAUGGGCAAGCUUUACGAAGUGGACUCCUCGAACUUGGAAGUCCGGGCACUUUUCGGCUGGUAUCUCAGCAAGUCCAAGAAGCGUGUGGUCAACCUUGCGGAAGACCCCGAGCAGCGCCACUUCAAACAUACUCUGCAGUACCAUGACAAGCAUGAUCGGUACGCCUUGACAGGAAUGGGCAACGUGCAUCUUCUCGCAGCUCGUGACAUGCGCCGUGAUACAGAUCAGGAGAAGGACAAACGCCGCACUACUUACCGACGUGCCGUUGAGUUCUUCGACAAGGCCCUGCAGUUGGAUCCCAAGAACGCCUAUGCCGCGCAAGGUAUCGCUAUCGCUCUUGUUGACGACAAGAAAGACCACAGCUCCGCUGUUCAAGUCUUCUCCAAGAUCCGCGACACGCUCAAGGAUGCCAGCGUCUACCUUAAUCUGGGACAUGUCUACGCCGAGCUUCGACAGUUCUCUCGGUCGAUCGAGCACUACGAGGCUGCCCUGGCCAAGGACCGCUCGCGUGACGUGCAAAUCCUGGCCUGUCUCGGCCGCGUGUGGUGGCUGAAGGGCAAGCAGGAGAUGAACUUGAUUGCGAUGAAGACCGCACUGGAUUACGCACAGCGCGCACGUGAGGUCUCCCCGGACCAGCUCCACCUGCAAUUCAAUGUGGCCUUUGUGCAGAACCAAAUCGCCUCCUUAGCAUACAGUCUGCAGCCCACGCAAAAGACUCUGCAGGAUGUGGAGGAGGCCGCCGAGGGACUCAAGGAAGCCAUUGAUACCUUUGAGCGUAUCUCCAAGGAGAAGAACCCGCCUUACCCCAGCCAGGCUCUGGAACAACGUGCCAACAUGGGUCGCACAAUCAGCAAGCAGUUGGACCGAGCUAUGCAAAGCCAAAAGGAGUACGAGGAGAAGAACGCUGCCAAGCUGCAACAGGCUCGUGAGGCCCGCGAGGCUGCAAUGAGGAAGCGCGAGGAGGAGCUCCGCAAGGCGCAGGAGGCUGAACUCGAGCGCAAGAAGCGUAUCGCCGAGGAGCGCCAUCAAAUGCUCGAGGAGACUCAGCGCAUUGCGGCGCAGCGCGCCGAAGCUGAGCGCGCCCGUGAAGAGGCCGACUUGACGGACGAUUCUCAGGGGGACAAGGUCAAGCGCACCAAGAAGAAGCAGCCCUCCAAGCGCAAGAAGAAGGGCGGCGACGACUUCAUCGCUGCAGAUGACGAGGGCGACCAGCUCGAGCGCAGCUCCGAGCCUGAAAGCGACACCGAGACUGCACCCAAGAAGCGCCGUCGUCUCGAGCGCCGGUCCGGCGGCAAGACCAUCACAGCCAAGGCCUCGUCUAACAAAUUCAAGAGCAGUGAACGGGUGGUGGAUUCCUCCGACGAGGAAGAAGAUGCCCCGACUCCCGGUGAAGACAAGGAAGAUCUAUUCGGCGAUGACGAGUCGAUUCAGGAAGAAGCUGCUCCCCGUCGACGCGAGAAGGCUUCCCGCCGCAUCGCGGAUGACGACGACGAGGACGAGGAAGAAGCGCCGAAGGCUGGAGAGGAUGACGAGGACCUCUUCGGCGAUGAAAAGGGAGAAGACACGGAGAUGCAGGAGUGA